AUGAGUUCAGAACUGUCGGCAUCACAUCUCUGCUGUAAUACCCAGACGCCCAGGUUGCACUCUGUUGCGCGACGUGUAUUGUCACCGCAGUAUUUUAAAAAAGCUCAGCUUCAUCUGCACGGCCUAUAUUUUGGUCAUCCUGUGAAGGAUGCUUACUUUUGUUGUUGGCAAAACUACCGAGUUUUGCCAACCGGUUCGGCAAAACUGGUUGUGCCUGAUGAUAUUGCCGCUGAAUUUGCAGCUCUCGAAGAGUUGAAAAGGACUGAAGACGUUCAGUGCAUUAACGAAGUUGAAGUGCUCGAGGGAAAUGCUUUUGAUUUUGAUGAGUUGGAUCGGAUCGAACAAGGAAUAAUACCACAGACUGUUCUAGAUGAGGUUGAGGUGGUUAAUUACAAUGGCGAGGGUGACGGCUGGGACGAGGCAGCAUUGAUGUCAUCAUUUGGAAUGUCGUACACAUAA